AGAAUGGAGUGUUCCUGGAAAACGCUGCUGCUGCUCGUCUGCACCUCGCUAGGGGUCCAGUACACGGCAAUUCGUACCCUGAGGGACUCGCUUUCCGCACCUUGCCGGGGGGUCUACCGCUGUCGCGUCGGACAUGACGGAGAAUCCAAUCAGAGAACCUCGUGCGACGAGACUGGGAUGCCGGCGGAUCCCUUUCGGAAGCACAUCCUGCUCUUCGCCACCACCCGCAGCGGUUCGUCCUUCACCGGUCAGCUGUUCAACCAGCACUCGGACAUCUUUUACAUGUUUGAACCUCUCUACCACGUCCAGCAGGCCUUCACUAACUCCAGUGGAAGGGUCCGCCGGACUUUGGGGCGCCGGGCCCUGCUGGGGGCGUACAGGGACCUCCUUCUCAACUUGUAUCAAUGCCAUCUCCACUUCCUGGAGAGUUACAUCCACCCACAACCUCUGGAUCACCUCACGAAUUCCUUCUUCCGCAGAAGUUCCAGUCACGCGCUUUGCACUCCUCCAGUUUGUCCGGAAGGCGGGGACGGAGUUCCCACCGAAGAGGGUUGGUGUUCCAAGAAAUGCGGGGUCUUGAACCUGACUUUAGCAUCCAUUUCCUGUCUGUCCAGACGUCACGUGGCUAUAAAGACCGUCCGGAUCCCUGAAGUGAAGGAUCUCCGAACUCUGGCAGAAGAUCCGCGUCUGAACUUGAAAAUCAUCCACUUGGUGAGGGAUCCUCGAGCCAUUCUGGCCUCGCGCAUGACCGCCUUCUCCGAUCAGUUUCGCGCUUGGAAAAUAUGGAACGCCACGGGACGCCAACCUCGAUACGUGGACCUGACGCAGAUCACCAGCACCUGCGAGGACAUGGCAGGGUCUGCCAGGACGGGACUGCGGAGGCCGGCUUGGUUGCAGGGACGCUAUUUUUUAGUACGAUACGAAGACUUGGCCAUAGACCCGAAAGGAAAAGCCGCUGAGUUGUACCAAUUCAUCGGACUGGAGGCGGAGGACCGGGUGUUGGCGUGGAUUAGCAGGAACACGAACGGUAAUUCGUCAGCGCCGGCUGAGUGGAGUUACAAGUACUCCACAAGUCGAGACUCAAGAUCGACGGCUGAAAGUUGGAGGCUUCGUCUGGGUUAUGAUAUCGUCAGGACUGUGCAGACUCUGUGUAACGAUACUUUGGCCCUGCUGGGGUACAGACCAGUUUUUUCCGAAACACAGCUAAGGAACUUGACUUAUAGUCUUGUUGAACCGAACUUCUACCAAGACAGUACUUGA